UAAACAACGACGAGCACAGUCAGACGCUAAGCGACUCAGUCCUUUAAUAAUAAUCACAAUAAAACACAUCUACCGCCGGUUACCUCUGUCCUAUCCUAAUGAAGGACUUUCGCCCUGACUGACUUUGGGAGAUGGGGAUACUCAACAUAACAGACCAGCCUCCACUGGUCCAGGCCAUAUUUAACCGAAAUGCAGAAGAAGUUCAAUUGUUGUUGCACAAAAAGGAAGAAGUCAAUGCACUGGACCAUGAACGCCGUACGCCUCUGCACGCCGCUGCUUGUCUGGGCGACGUUCACAUAAUGGACCUCCUCAUCAAUUCAGGUGCUAGUGUUAAUGCAAAGGACCAUGUGUGGCUGACACCUCUGCACCGGGCAGCUGCCUCCCGCAAUGAAAGGGCUGUGGGGCUGCUGUUGCGGCAGGGUGCGGAGGUGAACGCUCGGGACAAGUACUGGCAGACGGCGCUGCACGUGGCAGCCGCCAACCGCGCCACCAGGUGCGCCGAGGCCCUGCUACCCCAGCUGAGCAGCCUGAACGUGGCGGACCGCAUGGGCCGGACAGCGCUGCACCAUGCCGCCCACAGCGGCUACCUGGAGAUGGUGAAGUUGCUGCUGAACAAAGGGGCCAAUCUGAGUGCCAGCGAUAAGAAAGAGAGGCAGCCCAUCCACUGGGCAGCCUAUCUGGGGCAUUUGGAGGUGGUGAAGCUCCUGGUGUCACGGAGUGCGGACACAGCCUGCAAGGACAAGCGGGGCUACACGCCCCUCCAUGCCGCCGCUGCCAGCGGCCAGAUAGACGUGGUCAAGUACCUCCUCCGACUGGGGGCUGAGAUUGAUGAGCCCAACGCCUUUGGGAACACGGCGCUGCACGUGGCCUGUUACACCGGCCAGGAGGCGGUGGCCAACGAGCUGGUGAACCGCGGCGCCAACGUCAACCAGCCCAACCUGCGCGGAUACACCCCGCUGCACCUGGCAGCCGUGUCCACCAACGGGGCGCUCUGCCUGGAGCUGCUGGUCAACAACGGGGCCGACGUCAACAUGCAGAGCAAAGACGGGAAGAGCCCCCUGCACAUGGCUGCCAUUCACGGACGCUUCACUCGCUCCCAGAUCCUCAUCCAAAAUGGUGGGGAGAUCGACUGUGUGGAUAAAUAUGGCAAUACUCCUCUUCACGUUGCUGCUAAGUAUGGCCAUGAGCUGCUCAUCAGCACCCUGAUGACCAAUGGCGCUGACACGGCCAGGCAGGGGAUCCAUGGCAUGUUCCCCCUGCACCUGGCAGUGCUCUACGGGUUCUCAGACUGUUGUCGCAAGUUACUCUCCUCAGGUCAGCUGUACAGCAUUGUGUCGUCUCUGAGCAAUGAGCACGUGCUCUCAGCUGGGUUUGACAUAAACACCCCGGACAACCAGGGGAGGACCUGUCUACACGCUGCUGCUUCGGGAGGAAACGUUGAAUGUCUUAACCUGCUUUUGAGCAGUGGCGCCGACCUGAGUAAGAAGGACAAAUUGGGAAGGACCCCCUUGCACUAUGCGGCAGCCAAUGGGGGCUACCAGUGCAGCGUGGCCUUGGUGCGCGCCGGGGCUGAGGUGAAUGAGCCCGACGGCAAAGGCUGCUCCCCGCUGCACUACGCUGCUGCCUCCCAAGCCUUCCGCCGGGUGGACCGACAUUACUCUGGGAGCCAGCCAACUGAGGAGGAGAAGGCAAAGGAGGCCUUUCUCUGCCUGGAGCAUUUGCUGGACAAUGGGGCGGACCCAGCUGUGCGCAACGCCAGUGGCUACACUGCAGUUCACUAUGCAGCCGCGCAUGGCAACAAGCAGAACCUGGAACUGCUCCUGGAAAUGUCUUUCAACUGCCUGGGAGACGUGGAGAGCAGCGCCCCCGUCAGCCCGCUACACUUAGCUGCCUACAACGGCCACUGUGAGGCGCUGCGCGUGCUGGCAGAGACCCUGGUGAACCUGGAUGUGCGCGACUCUGGCGGACGCACCGCGCUGUACGUGGCCACACAGAGGGGACACGGCGCCUGCGUGGAGGUGCUGCUCGCCCACGGCGCCUCCCGCCUGCUGAAGGAGCGCCGCCGCAAGUGGAGCCCCGCCCAUGUAGCAGCUGCUCACGGCCACAUAGACUGUCUGCAGGCACUGAUGGACAACGGGGAGCGGGACGACCUCCCUGAUGUCAUCGAUGCCAUGGGACAAACCCCACUGAUGUUGGCCGUCUUGGGUAGCCACACGAGCUGCGUGAGCCUCCUGCUGGAGCGGGACGCCACACCGGACGCGGGCGACAAGUGGGGCAGGACAGCCCUUCAUCGGGCGGCGGUGGUGGGCUGUGAGGACUGUGUGCUGGCCCUACUGGAGCACGAAGCCUAUGUGCUGUGCCGGGACGUCCGGGGCCGUACCCCCCUGCACCUGGCAGCCUCCUGCGGCCACACGGAGCUCCUGAGCUGCCUGCUGCAGGCUGCCGCCCGCACUGACCCCCUGGACCCUCUGCUGGACUACAGCGGGUACAGCCCCCUGCACUGGGCUGCCUACCAUGGGCAUGAAGACUGUUUGGAAGUUUUACUUGAACACAAACCAUUUAGUAUCCAGGAAGGCAACCCUUUCACCCCACUGCACUGCGCUCUCAUCCGUGGUCACGAUGGCGUUGCUGAGCUCCUAGUCGAGACCUUGGGCUCCCAGCUGGUCAACAUCCGCGAUGCCAAAGGAAGAUCCCCGCUGCAUGCCGCUGCCUUUGCGGAGAGCCUGCCAGGGCUGCAGCUGGUGCUGCGCCGAGGCGCCGAGGUCGACGCCGUGGACCACGCCGGGCGCUCCGCCCUCAUGGUGGCUGCCGACCGAGGCCAGACUGCAGCUGUGGAGUUUCUGUUGCACCGCGCCAAGGUUGACCUCUCCCUGCUGGACAUGAACAAGAAUACAGCCCUUCACCUGGCCUGCAGCAAGGGUCAUGAGACGUGUGCCCUGCUGAUCCUGGGCGAGAUCCACAAUCCGUCUCUCAUCAAUGCGACGAACAGCGCGCUGCAGAUGCCCCUGCACAUUGCUGCGCGGAAUGGGCUCGCCGCUGUGGUGCAGGCGCUGCUCAGCCGCGGGGCCACGGUGCUGGCAGUGGACGGGGAGGGCCACACCCCAGCCUUGGCCUGUGCCCCCAACAAGGACGUGGCUGACUGCCUGGCCCUGAUCCUGUCCACCAUGAAGCCUUUUCCUCCCAAAGAGCCCGCCGGCGCCACCAUCAGCUUCAACCUGCUGAAGCACUGCGGCAUCACUGCAGCCUGCAGUCCCAUGCCCAACGGCAACCUGCGCCACGGCAACCUUCGCCACGGUUACGCCAAGGAGCGUCACGGUGCCGUCGGGGUGGACGGCUGCUUCUCCGAGUGAAGCCCUCUGCCCGCUGCCCUGUGCCCGCCGCAUCCACCCUCCCGACCCCCGUCUGAAACC